CUUUGGAGCAGAAGGGUUGCGUUCGGGUCAGACAGCUAAUACCCAGAGCUGCUUGACUUUGGCUGACAGGGUCACGGAUGGCUCCUAGCUGCAUGGUCCACAUGGAGGAAGAGAGGGGGCUGGCGAAAGAGAAGAACAAGCUGAGGAAGCCAGUGGUCGAGAAAAUGCGCCGCGAUCGGAUUAACAGCAGCAUUGAGCAGCUGAAGGUCCUUCUGGAGAAAGAAUUCCAGAGGCAUCAGCCCAACUCCAAGCUGGAGAAAGCAGACAUCUUGGAAGUGGCUGUCAGUUACUUGAAGCAGCAGCAGCAUCAAAUUCAGGCUCCUGCACUGAGCCAGAAGAAUCCAGAGCUUGAUUUCAACACCGGCUACCUGCGUUGCUUGAAGGAAGCGCUGCAUUUCCUCUCCUUCUGCGAGCCCAAGAGAGAAACGCAAGCCCGGCUGAUUAAGCACUUCUGCAAAGUCCACGUGAUCGCAGACAGGGUGCAGACAGGCACUCCCGCCAUGGGCUGCCUGCCACCAUCUCCUCGCGCCCCACCCAAGAAACAAACUGCCAGCAAGAAGCCCCCAGCACCUGCCACAGUGCUCUGGAGACCGUGGAGGCCCCCACUCCCUUUUGCUCCCACACACAGCAGACCUGAAGCCAAACAGUUUCCUCGCUUUCGUGGGUUAAUCAUGGCAACAGCCGGCGCUUCGCUGGAAAUCCAGCCAUCCAAAGCGAAAAUCAGACUGCAGAAGCCGCUGGUGGAGAAGUUGCGCCGCGACCGCAUCAACGGCAGCAUCGAGCAACUGAAACUGCUUCUGGAGAAGGAAUUCCAGAGACACCAGCCCAGCUCCAAGCUAGAGAAGGCUGACGUUCUGGAGAUGACCGUCAGCUAUCUAAGAUACAGCCAAACAUUGGCGACAUCGUCUGGAAGCAGAACCCAGGAUUACAGCAAAGGCUAUUCCUCCUGUCUGAAGGAAACUCUGCAGUUCCUGGCCAUCCACUCAACGAACUCCGAAACCCAGAGCAAGCUCUUAAGUCACUUCCAGAAGCCUUGGGAGGUGGCUAGCAAGGACACCUCUCCACUUUCUACCCCCGCUCUGCUUCAGAAGGGGUCACCCCAAGGCGCCGUCUCAAAACCAGCCUACAAAUUGUGGAGGCCUUGGUAGGAGAGAGCUCUUAUUCUCGACAUGUGUUUAAGACAUCCAGGAGGAGUUGGCAAUUUGCCAUGCAAAUCCUGCACCGCUCCUCGGGAGAAUAUGUGCGGCUUAAUAUGUAUUGAUAUCUGACUGACAGAGGCCUUCCUCAUUCAGAAAGGCAAAGUGCUCAGAAAGGAAAAACCAUUCCGAAAGAAUGGACCAAUGUCAUCCUUUUAUGGGGAGAAUUCCGAGCAGCUGUCCCAAGGGGAACAACAAAUCAUUAUAAUUGUGCUGUGUUCGGAUCUUGAUGCUUAUUAUUAAUUGAUAGAAAGUGUGCAGAGAUGUGUGUGUGUUUGAGGUUUGUUUUGUUUGCAAAAAAAAGAGUAACUUCUAAGAAGUUUUUGGGCCGUUUUCUUUUUUCAAGAGUCUCUGUGCUUUGUGUGGCUUCCUUGCAGCCACAGCAACAGACUGGCCAUAUUUUGGUGGCCAGAGUGAAUACCGAUGAAGGCUAGGGAACUGAACAAAUCCUCAGCUUGCUUACUUCACUUACAAUUCUCAGGGCCACCUUCCCUUUAUAGGAAGCCCUUGGGGCCGCAAUUCAGUGAGGGGUGGGGCCAGAAGUAGGCAGAGUAAUAGGGUGUGAAUGUUGCCUUUGCAUGGCAGGCUACAUUCCAGCCCUGCAAAUACUAGGUUUCGAAACACACAAAUAUCCCCACGCUUCAUCCAAGAAGGGCUAUUACGAGUUCAUGGACAUAUUUCAGUCAGAUGAAAGAACUCAAGGAAGGUGUGAUGCAGGGCUGCAAUGAAGUUCUGUAACAUUUGUAGAUUUCCAACACACAUGUAGUCUGUGAAACAGCUAUUUAGCUGCGCCCACAAAUGCAAGAGGCUAUUUUGAAAAGAGGGGGGAAAAGGCCUUUGAAUGUUGCUGCUGUGAUGAAGUUCUAUAACAUUUGUAGACUGUACAGAGUGUGGCAAGAGAAAAGUGUUACCCUGUGACGAUAACGUGUAGAGGAUGUUCUUCAAAUUGGUUGACUCUCCAAGGCAGAGUGUUUGUGUUCGAGAUGCUGAACGAAUGCUUUUUAUAAAGGCAAAAACAUAGUUUUCUAUCCUCAUAGGAAGGAACGUAACAGCCCAGAGUGCUGAAAUAUGUAUAACAUGAAUUGUUUGAUGAUGUCUUUUAUGAAAGGCUAAUUGUACAAAUUGUAUUUACUUUUCUUUCGGUACCAUAACUGUUUUUAUGGUAAGUUAAUUUUUGCUGGCUACCGUCCUUGGAGGAUGAUGUAAUGUUGUUGGGUGUGACGCACCGAAUCUGUAAUCCGUUGGAAACCACUUUUGCACAGUGAAUGAGAAACAAAUAAAACUAGCUUGCCUUACAUGCA